UCUGUUCCACAAUCUGACAAACGAAAACCGAAUCGAUAAAACGUAAAUCGCUUUAGAACUCGACGGAGUUUGGUCUGGUCACCGUUUCAUGCACGGGACAACUGUGGAAUUCACCAACAGCGAGAGAAUUGGCGUCUAAUGGCUCCUAAAAGCUGAAUUUAAGAGGUUGCCACUAUGCUGCAAAGAAAGCGGAACUAUUUGGCUUGUUUCAUCUUAAUGAUCUAUAUAAUAAUCCAAGCCAACGGAGAGAAUGAAUCCAGAGAGCAAGAAUUAUUGAGAUUAUUUGAGGAACAUAAGAAUGAUACAAUGAGCGCAAACGUUCGACCAGGCAAAAGACUCACAAAAUUAUUAAAACACAUUCUGAAGAACUAUGACAGGAAGAUACGGCCAUUUUAUGGAGUGAAGCCAUUAGAAGUUGAACUAGAUGUCCUUAUUAUAUCCUUUAGUGAAAUUAGGGAAGCCAACAUGGAAUUUGUGGUCGACUUCUAUCUUGGCCAGUUUUGGCGUGACCACCGUUUUGCGUUUGGCAUUAAUGAAAACUAUACUAUGGGCGAUGAAUUUGUCAACGAAAUCUGGACGCCAGAUACUUUCGUUAUAAAUGCUGUUGAAACUCAAGUGCAUAAGCUCACCAAAGAGAACCAGAAAAUUUUCAUGAAUUUAACAGAUGGUUGGACAAUGCAUACGUCAAGGCUCAGGGUGACAGCGUCUUGUAAAUUGAAUUUAAGAAACUAUCCGAAAGACACCCAGGAAUGUAGCCUUCCAUUUGAGAGUUAUACGUACGAGGAGUUUGAUCUAAUCUACAAAUGGCGAAAUAAUGGCUCGAUUUUCAUUUACGACGACGAGAUGGCGCAAUUCGUAAUGGCAAAAGCAGAAAGGGGUUUGAAACAUAAACAGUACCAUUCAGAACAAUUCUCAGGCCUUACGGUGACCUUCACAUUUCAAAGACGGUGGAUCUACUAUGUUUAUCAGGUCUACAUACCAUGCAUCUGCAUAACAGUUCUAUCCUGGAUAGGAUUCUGGAUUGACCAUAAGGCCGUGCCGGCCAGAACGGGACUUGGCAUCACCACCGUCUUGACGAUGGUGUACAUGCUGGCCAGUGUAAAUAGUAACUUGCCAAGGGUGACUUACCUCAAGUCCAUUGACAAUUUCGUGUUGGUGUGCUUUGGGUUUAUCUUUCUCACGAGUUUGGAGUACGUUGUUGCGAUCAGAUUCUCACAAAGAAGGAGAGCCUCGAAUGAUCGCAAAAAUCAGAAAACACUCUCGGAUAAUUUAUCUGAGGACGAGAAACCGCCUCUAACAAUACAAGUCAACCAAGGCGGGAAGCUCAUGUCGUUUGAAGAAAAACCGCCUCGCUAUGAAUGCAAUGGCCAUGCUACUGCAAACGGACAAAGCAGGCCGGUGUUAACGCGAAUGGACUCGGCCAAGUCCUCCUCGCUGCUUUACAGUCACGUGGUCAAGCCGAGGAGGCAAACUAAGCUCGCCUCAAGCCUGCGCCAUCGCGCCUCCCCGAUACAUAAAAUUGUUACGCAUGACAAUAUUAUUGAUAUGAUCAGUCGAGUUCUUUUCCCAGUAGCAUUUCUGAUAUUUAAUGUUAUAUACUGGAUGGAUUUCCUGGAAAAAUAGCAAACAAAAUGGAUACUGGAUUUUCGGUAGGUCGAAUCAAAUUAAUCGCAGAUAGAAGUGUCUAGAGGGAGGCGAAUAUACUCGGCAUGUAUGCUGUAAAAACUGAAAUCAAAUUUAUCAUAAGCCAUCAAAGUAUGGGGCUUUGGGCAGCAUAGUGGUGCAAAACAGCCUGCAUCGUCGUGGAAUUUUGGAAUGGGAACCUGCACCUUCUUCGUGUGGAAACAUUUUUAGCAACAGAGCGGCAGGACAAACUCGUACAACGGAAUAAUAAAGUCAAAAAUGUUAUCAGCGUAAUUUUAAUUUUAUGGUGGAGGAAAGUUCAACGGAUGCAUGCGUGAACCUCUAAAUACGUUUUAAACUUAACGAUUGGCAGUUAAAUUGCAGCCAACACCAAAAUCGUCCAUUGCAACGUGUUAACGUGCAAACGGUCCAGACACGUCGCGUUCCAACACGUUCAGUCUGAGUG